CCGGGGGCUGGAACACGCCUUCCCGGGGGCUGAGCGCGGCUUUCCCGGGGCUGGAGCCCGGCUUCCCUGGAGCCGGAAUACCUCUUCCCCGCGGCUGCCAGGCGGUUUCAGCCCCAUUUCGCUGCUCGGUGGAGCUGAUGGCUGCAGCCCUCCUCUGCAUAGGGGUGUGUAAACUUGGUGGAACUCGGGCUUUUUGUGUGAAAACCUCCCCUCACGUCUCGGCGCAGCGAACAUGCCUGAGCAGAGCAAUGAUUACAGGGUGGUGGUGUUCGGAGCAGCGGGGGUCGGCAAAAGCUCCCUGGUCCUGCGCUUUGUAAGGGGCACUUUCAGGGAAACCUACAUCCCCACCAUCGAGGAUACGUACCGGCAGGUGAUCAGCUGUGACAAGAGCAUCUGCACCCUGCAGAUCACGGACACCACGGGCAGCCAUCAGUUCCCUGCCAUGCAGCGGCUCUCCAUAUCCAAAGGGCAUGCCUUCAUCUUGGUGUACUCCGUCACCAGCAGGCAAUCCAUGGAAGAUCUUCACCCCAUCUUCGAUGAGAUCUGUCAGAUCAAAGGCGACAUCCAGAAAAUCCCAAUAAUGUUGGUGGGGAACAAAAGUGACGACACGCAGAGGGAGCUGGAUGCCAGCGAGGGGCAGGCGCUGGCCAGCAAGUGGAAGUGUGCCUUCAUGGAGACGUCAGCCAAAAUGAACUACAACGUGCAGGAGCUCUUCCAGGAGCUCUUGAAUCUGGAGCAGAGGAGAACUAUCAGUCUCCAGGUGGAUGGAAAGAAAUCCAAACAGCAGAAAAAGAAAGAUAAACUGCAAGGCAAAUGCUCUGUAAUGUGAUUGCCUUUGGCUGGACUUGCUGCACGGCACAGCUGGAGCAUGGACUCCUACAGAAAAUACAUUUCUGCUGGAGAUUUUGGAGGAAUCCACGCCUCGCAGGGUUGUUGCUUUCCUCUAAAAUCCCCGCUGGGUAAUUGUAUGUGUUGUUUUUAAGGAGGAUGGCUUCUGCAUGUUUAUUUUUUUAAACCAAUAAAUGUUCCAUGUUAGCAA